ACUUUAAAAUUUUUAGUCUUUGGUUUGCCCCUCCUUGGACAAACCUCUGCCUCCCCCACUGCCGUUAGGUACGUCACUGGAAUGUCGAUGAGCGGAUCGAAUCGGGGGCUCCGAGUAGAACUAGAUGAAGCCGGCGAGCGUCGAUAUGACGACGAAGAAACCGCCACGAGGAAGAACAUAGAAGAGGAAGGAACGCGAGACUCCACUCCUCGCGUUGAUUGCCCCGGCGACCAUCUCGGCGUGCGUUCUCGUCCUUACCUCAUGAAAAUUCUCGAUAAGCAAGGGGACAAAAACAUUGUUUUUGUAGAUAAGGUUUUAAAGUUUACGAGUUCAGGGAAGAUGAAGCAAAGAAUUCUUAUAAUCACCGAUUGUGCAAUAUACCUGGUAGACCCAGAAAGUGAUGUUCUUAAGAGGCGGGUAGCCCUGGCAGCCGUAGACAAGCUCUGCUUGAGCAAACUAAGUGAUCAUUUCAUUGCAAUCAUUAUCCCAACUGAGUAUGAUAUACUCCUCGCAAGCACUAGGAAGACUGAAAUUCUAUCAUGCAUAGUUGACACUACCAAGAGCGUAUCUAACUAUGAUCUUGAAGUGUUUCACUCAAACAGGUUCGAGUAUAAUGCAACUGCUGAGAAAGUUAAAGGAGUCACAUUUGAGGAAAUUGAAGGUUGUGUCAAAACAAGAAUAGUGCAGAAUGGUACAAUGCAUAAAACAUGAGUUUGCAAGUACAUAUGGGAAAUGCUUUUACGAUGCCUUGUGGAAAUUCAUUCCCUGCCUUGUUUAUGGGAUGAAGAUGUCUAUGGGUGGGGGUAGGGGGUCAACCGGGUCCUUACCUACCCCAAUUUGAAAAGUCCUUGUAUUUUAGUGUAAAAGUUUACGUGUAAAAUUUAUCUAUAAAAAAUCUAUCUAUAAAAAAUCUUUGUAUUUGCCCAUCUUAACCUUCGAUCCCGGCUAUGCCCUUGAAGAUGUGUAAUUUUCUACAUUUCAAAAUUUGGUGUUAUAUUAUUUGUGUGGUGUGUUAUGUACAACCUUCGUCCCUUAAAACUUGGUCAAGUUUGACCGGCACAAAGAUUAAUAAACUAAAAAAUGUGUGGUUGAAGUUUGUGCAAAUGACGAAGGGAGUAGUAUUUAAUUUUUAGAUUUGUGGUUAGAUAUCUUGCUAACUAAUUCAAAGCUU